AUGCUCAACACUACGCCCAUAAACAUCGACGCGUGGCUGGCCGAGAACAGUCACCUGCUGCAGCCGCCGGUCAACAACUUCUGUCUGCACCGCGGCGGCUUCACGGUGAUGCUUGUCGGCGGCCCCAACGAGCGCACGGACUACCACGUCAACCCGACGCCCGAAUGGUUCUACCAGAAAACGGGCGCGAUGACGCUGCGCAUCGUCGACGAGCAGCUCUCGGGCGCGGCGCGCUUCCGCGACGUCACAAUCCGCGAGGGUGACUCGUUCCUGCUGCCCGCGAACGUCCCGCACAACCCCGUCCGCUACGCGGACACCGUUGGCAUCGUCGUGGAGCAGGACCGGCCCGCGGGCCACUUCGACCAGUUGCGCUGGUACUGCCGCGGCUGCCGCGAGCUGGUGUGCAAGUACGAGUUCUACAUGUCGGACCUGAGCUCGCAGGUGCGCGAGGGCAUCGAGCGCUUUGCCGCCAGCGCGGAAGACCGCGUCUGCAAGCACUGCGGCACGCUCAAUUACCCGACGCCACAGGCGUCCGCUACAUAG